UCCCCUCCAUACACCAAACAAGUGUACGAGCCUCCCUUGUUCAAGGCUGUCCCAAACCACUCCAUCCCUUCCUUCCGGCCAGGUACCCAACAAACAAACCGAACACGUACACCUUUCCCUAAGAGGAAGAGGCCACCACCUCCACAACCUCCUCUCCAAGACCUGCCCCCCAACCCAGCAUGGGCGUCCCGUCCCCCGCCCGCUGUCCUACGUACAGAACCCUCCGCACCACGCCGCACCCCGUCUAACAUUCCCCGCCCCCACCGCUCCAUGGGGUGCUGCAUCUGCUGCUCCUGCACCCUCUUCCUCCUCUUCCUCCUCAUGGCCGUCGCCUCCUUCCUCUACAUCUCCCUCGUCAUCAACCCCGUCAUGCCCACCUACAAGGUCGAGCACUUCGGCGUCACCGCCCUCGACAUCAAUCCCAAGGACGGAAGCGUCGCAGCGGAGCUGGCGGUCACCGUGCGGGCCGAGAACCCCAACAAGAAAGUCGGUGUACGUUACAAGGAGGGAGGGUGGGUCGCGGUGGCGUACCACGGGGUGGCGCUGUGCUCGGGGCAGCUGCCGGCGUUAUACCAGGAGCCGCAGAGCGUGGCGGUGAUGAGGGUGUCGCUGAAGGGGCGGGAGAAGCUGGAAGUGGGGAUGGCGGCGGCGCUGCAGCGGGACCAGAGCACGGGGAGCGUGCCGCUGGACGUGACGGUGAGGGCGCCAGUGGCGUUGAGGGUCGGGGAGGUGGAUCUCCGGGAGGUCGUGGUGAAAGCCGUCUGGGACCUGGAGGUGGAGGGCCUCUCGCCGGGGAAGAAUGCCAGCAUCAAGGUGAAGGACUACAAGGUCAACCUGGACUUGUAGAGGGUGUUUGGAUGGUUAAAUGGAAGGACCUAGAUUACCCCUUCCAAGAUUUGUCACCGGCAUUACGCUAUUGCUUGCUAAUUGUCGCGCACCGAGAAGCCAGAAUGUUGGAGCCAUUUACCGGACUUGACUGUCCUUUUACUUUUUUACCCCUAGAUUUCGACGAUGAUUUGAUGUUUUAUCCCUCGCUCGGGUUGCCAAACUAAUUGGAUACAAGGGCAUGAUUGGUUGGAGGAAAAUGGACUCUGAAACGGAGAUGGAACGAGCCACUUCUAUUUCAGCCAUUUGAUAUAGAGAACUUUCAUUUUCAUUUCGAUUCUAUAAAGAAAUAAAAAUAUUUUAGUCCCACAAAA